UCUAAAAUAGGUCCUUAUGUAAAUCAAUAACCUGGCCCUUGUUUAAGGAUUUGCUUCUCUGGAUCUCAUCCCAGUUUCCCUGAAAAUUAUUAAUGCACAAUGGUGGAGGGAAGUUGAAGGUGUUUUGACUGUCAAAUGACAGUGACAGUCUAAGUCCUGUGCUCAGGUAGGCCGUGCUGCGUCCAUAUCUCUGCCCAUGAUUGCAGCAUUUGAGUUUAUUUGCAUUACUGUUCUUUGCUGAGCUGCACCAAGGAAAAGUGCUUUUGCAUUUUCAUUUGCUUUGUUCACAGUCACCGUUUCCAUUUGGACUGGUCUUUGUUACUUCUUUGUGCCGUUUUAAUUCCUGAAUUUAUUGUGUAUGUGCCAUGGCAUACUUAUAUGCUCUAUGAUAUUUUUUUUAUGCAUCAGUGCUCCUUUAUCAUUGCUGUGCUUGAAUCAUGUAAGAUACGUUUAUGGUAGUUGUAAACUAAGGUUUCUCAUAUUCUGUGUGGGAUUUUUUUCAGUCAAUGAGCUGUUAGAUUUCCCUCUUUAUCUUUAUUUAUACACCAAGCCUUUUUAUAUAACCUCUUCUGUGAGAACCUAUAUAGAAUAACUGGUAUAAUUUAGCAUUGUGUCUGUUCUGGUGAACCAAAAAGCUCAAUAACUGAUUGACGUUUGAGUGUGAUAUCUGAAUAGUAAACAAUGUUGUGUUCAAAGUCAUAUAGCCGAUCACAAUCAUAAUGGUCAAGAAUAUUUGAUACAAUCCACCAUUGUUAAAGUGAUCUAUACUUAGUUGCUGUGUCAGCCGGAGAUCUGCCAUAGAAUAUUCAAAACUCUAAGCAUGGCCUUAUGGUAGGAGUGUCCAAAAAAGUACCCCAACCCCACCCAUUGGUGCCCUACAAUUUUAAAUGAAGUUGCUAGUUCCUAAAGGCUGAAGGAGAUAAGCAAGCGAGCAGAGAACCAGUAGACUCUCAAGCCGUCCUCCAUGAUCUGUGCAGUGGUGUGAAUCUACUCACCUGAUAAACAAAGAUACUCAAUACAUCACUUGCAGAUGGAGAACUCAUCUGAGCAGUCUCGUUGGGUGUCCCCCAGCCUGAUCAGUCCCGACCCGUUAGCAAACUACACCACAGAGCCUGGUUUACUGCCACCCGGUGAAGAUGAUGAGCCCUUCUACUCCAGCUCUGAGGCUGACUUACUCCCAUCUUAUUAUUCCUCUAGUGUCCAGAGUCGAGCCUCGUCUUCUUACAGACACAGUCCAGUUCGCCAAGUCUACUCCUCUCCAUCUCUUCUGGGAAACAUCCAGUGGCUGGACAACUCUGUAGGCCACUCUCUAAACUCUUCCUAUAACCCCACAUCCACUGUCUGGGCAAGCAGCCCAUUCACAAAGACACCUCUCCACCCUCACACCACCACGUCCAUCUACCCGAACAGUGCGACCCCAUCUUUCACAUCCCCCAAAGAGGGAUUCCCUUCCCCGAGCCAUGAUGGGAAGGAAAGUCCCAGGCUCCAGGAAGUCCUAAAAGCCGAGCGCCUGAGUCCCAUGGGUGGAGGGGGAAGCAGCUUUCUCAAUCUGAGUUCAGCCGCUGGAGGUGUGUAUGGUCCUUCUCCACACAUGCUGAGUCCAUACGGAUCAUACAUGACCACGUCACAGGACUAUAGUUCAGCAUCACUCUAUUCUAGUGCUGGACCCUGGAUGAGCCCUUCGUCAUACUCACCCAAACUUCGCAACAAGAUGAGACUUUCGCCACCAGAGGCUCGUGAAUGUGUAAACUGUGGUGCCACUGCCACCCCUCUGUGGCGUCGAGAUGGGACAGGCCACUACCUCUGUAAUGCUUGCGGACUGUACCAUAAGAUGAAUGGCCAGAACAGACCCCUCAUCAGACCAAAAAAGAGGCUGAUUGUCAGCAAACGCGCUGGAACGCAGUGUGCCAACUGCCACACAAGCACUACGACACUAUGGAGACGCAAUGCCAGUGGCGAGCCUGUGUGCAACGCCUGCGGCCUCUAUUUUAAACUGCACAAUAUCAACAGGCCCUUAACUAUGAAGAAGGAUGGCAUCCAGACACGGAAUCGCAAGGUGUCUAACAGAAACAAGAAGGGCAAAAAGAGCACAGUGUCAGAGGUUUACCCUGACAUGUCUCACAUCGCACCUCCCGAUGAGCAUGUAGGACCCUACUCUCUGAACCCAGGACCGCUCCUGUCUUAUAGCCACACCCCUCAUCUACUGCCCCCUUCCACCUUGCACUCCUCUUCCACUUUGUCCUACAGUCACCACCCAAACUCUGGCAUGAUGCCCACACUUGUGUGAAGGAAAUGUCCGUUGGACCAUGAGGCAUGUACAUUACGUUGUAGAUAUAGUAAACACUUCUUGCAUAAACGCAUCACAUCACAUUUUUAAAUAAAGAGAAAAUGCGUAAAAGCAACUCCAUAACAGUGGCAGUCUAACAGUUUGCCAGUGAUUUUGAAGCUGU